GAAGGGGUGGGGGGAAGAGAGGUGAGUAUAAAAAGCCUUGCUGUGAGGAAUUAGGAAAUAUUCCUCGGGAGAAAAUACACACAGAGAGAUAUUUCCAAGACUUCUCACUCCAUAAGUAUCUUUCACGCCCGGCAGAUAAACAAGCCUGAGGAUGAGGAGCCUUCUUCAGUUUUUGGCACUCUGCGCUGCCAUCUCUCUCUGCGUCUGCUAUGAGUCUCAUGAAAGCACAGAAUCCAUUGAAGAUUUGUUUGUGGCCCCGAACCAAGCCAACUCAUUUAUCACGCCACAGAGGGGCAACGUAUACAGCCCACCCAGAGGGAACAGCCCCAACCAUUACAACUUGAUGAGGACGGUGAAGUCUCCAGCGGAGAGGCGUGCGGAGACCUGUGAGGACUACUCUCCCUGCCGCUUCUACGCCUAUCGCCACGGCUAUCAGCAGGCCUACCAGAGAUACUUUGCCUCCCGAACUCAACCCCAGAGACCAGCUGGGGCUCGUCGUCACUGAACUCAAAGUAUCUGUCUGUCAAAUGCAGAAUUAUCAUUAUCGUCUGGAAAUGAAUGUGCAUUCCUUCAUUCCACAACUUUUAUAUAAUUUAUGCAGUUUGUGACUCCUACAAGAAAACAUUUUAUAAAGAGGCAUCCAGUGUGGCUCAGAUGUUACAGCAACCCAUCAUUAUACACAUGUAGCAAUUCAUGGCCCAUCUCUUGUGUAAUCUCAGGAUAACUUUUAUCCACUAUUAUCACACCUUCCCAGCAUUUAUGAGCUUUAGGUGAUGUGCUUGAAUGAAGAGUUUUGCUCACUAUCCACUAAGCAUUUCUCACAUUAUCCACCUAUUUAUCCAGGCCAGCACUGCUGUCAGUGAUUAUUUCCAUUGCUUUGAUUUGAAAAUAAAAUUCCCUUUACUGGGUUUUGUCUUAA